AAAACUGGAAUCCACACCCUCUAUCUGCAGGCUGCUUAUCAUGUUCAGACACCUCCUUGCCUUUGUCUCUUCCAGAUGGCUGUCAGAGACUGUUCCGAAAACUGAACAUAAGCUGCAAGUAAAUCAGUUGAAGAAGGAUAUUUUCGGAGCAUUGAGCAGGAUUUCCACAAAGGUCAAUAUCCAAAUGUCCUAAAGAAGCAGUCAGGAGUGAUGGAUUCUCCAGACUUUUCCCUGAUGUCAUCACUCAGAGGAGAUUUUAAACCAGAGAAUUACAUUAAGCCUCAUUAUAAGGAGUCGUAUCGCCUGGCAAUUGAUCGCCUCGCACAAGACGGCAUAGAUGGUUACCAUGAGUUCAUCAAGGAAGAAAGAAUAGGGAGCCUUCUCUCUGAGGAUGAGAUUCUCUUCAUCACAGCCAAUAUAGAACAUCUGAAAGCUCAAAACAACACUGCAGAGGAAGUCAGCAGUAUACCAGACAAUGAGUCUUCCUCUGGGACAUACUGGCCCAUGCACUCAGAUGUAGAAACUCCAGAUUUAGAUUUGGGAUGGCCAGAGGUCCUGUACGAAAAACCUCAGACAAAUAUAGAUCUGCUCUUUAAUCCACCAAGAUUAAACAACCCAACCAUAAAAGAAGUGAUCCGGAAGAAUAUUCAGGAUGCAAGACAGGUCAUUGCCAUCGUGAUGGACGUGUUCACUGAUGUGGAUAUAUUCAAAGAAGUUGUAGAAGCGUCUGUGCGAGGAGUUCCAGUCUAUGUCCUAUUGGAUGAUUUCCAUUUGAAAAGUUUCCUUAAAAUGGCUGAAAAUCAAGAUGUCAAACUUCAUCAACUUAGGAACAUGAGGGUGCGCACUGUGAAAGGUCAGAAUUACCUCUGUCGAUCAGGAGCAAAAUUUCAUGGAGCAAUGGGGCAGAAGUUUCUUUUAAUCGACUGCUACACAGCAAUUUAUGGAUCAUACAGCUUCUCGUGGUCUUUUGAGAAGAUCAAUUUGAGCAUGGUUCAGGUCAUCACUGGAUUUCUUGUGAAGUCGUAUGAUGAGGAGUUUCGAACACUCUAUGCCCGCUCGACUUUGCCUGAUGCCCUCACUCCACCAGAGAGUUUAUUUCAACGGAAUGGACCCCAGGAGCGACAGAUUUUGCCCAAAACUCAUUCUGCUCUACAAAUUGGGAGGAGAGACCAGCUGCGGCAAUCCUUAGACACAGUCUAUCGGAAAACCUGUGAGAGGAAACUUGGUACAAGAGAUCUAGAGGACAGGCUCAUUGAAGAGAAUGGUCACAUGUUUAGGCCUUUAAUAGGAAAUGACGUCGGCCUUCAAGGACCCCAACUUCACCAAUAUGAUUCUACAGCUGCAAUGAACUUCUUGAAACGGCAUAGCUAUGCUGGGGAAAGGGAGGAUGAAUAUAUCCCCGAAAACACCAGGCCCAGAGGGAGCAACUGGAACAUCUCCAGAGAUACAAGGCAUGCACCCAUUAACUAUGCUAUGGAUAAUUAUUUGCAAGUGCCAUUGUUAUACAAAGGCCAACACAUGCGCAAGUCUUACAGUGGUAAAGACAAACAGGUUCUUUGCAUGCAGCAGAACAUGCCAAGUUUAGAGAACACUUCCAAGUCAUUUAUGCGCUCAUUGAGGAUAGAAUCCUUCCUUAAUAACCCAGAUAUCUCAUGUGCAGACUCAAAUGACUAUAUCGACCAUUUUGAACACAUGGACAAAAGCCUUUCCUCUAUGCAGGGAAAAAUGAGGACCUCUCUUGCUUUAAGGUCCGCCAUACCAGAACAAAUGGAGGCACAAAGAUAUGCAAAUACCUCCACAGCCACACCAAACACUCUUUUGCACUAUUCAUCUAUGCAGUGGAAUCCUACAGUGGCUGAAAACAGAAUGAAUACUGAUGAGUAUGUUUCAAUGAGACAAAGUCUGCAGGUUUUGGAGAACAAUCACAAUAACCCAGUUCAUGGUCCUGGUAGAAACUCGUAUCAAGCUUCAUAUGCUAGCUUAGGCAGGGCUAAACGUGGACAGGUAAUCAGCAACCCUGACAUCAUGACAGACAGCUGGCAGAAAAGGCACAGUGUGGCAGACCCACGAUCAAACACUGAGCUGGGUGAAUCUCUAGUUCACAAGUAUGGAGCUUUUGCGAAAACGCAACAUAACAGAGCCACAGCAGGAGUUGAUGCAAAAAAUGGAAGAUAUGGAUCAACUAUGAAUGAAGAUCAACGAUCCAUCUCCCAUUAUGAUGUAAAGAAAAUCACAGACACUAACAGUAUUCACACUUGGCAGGACUCCCCAUCCAGGGCGGUGUCUGCAGCAGCCUUGGAUUUAGACAGCAAGGACUUGACCAAAAAAGCUAACAGCAUGGGGUCUCCAUAUUUUCAAAAGAAUUCAAUGGCAAUAAAAACUUUGAUGAACAUACCAGAGAAAAAGGAAAAUGCCGUCAAAACAAUGACGCCAAGCCUGACUUCAGCAGAAAGUACAAACACAUUAACAGCUGAAGAUGAGGAGAAACCAUAUGAUGGGACAAAAAAUCCCCAAAGCACAACUAAACAAAAGAACACAAAAGACGAUGACAGUCUAAAAUAUUCAAAACCACGUUUCCUAACGGAGGAAUUCCAACAUUCACCUAAAAGCUCGCUCACAAAAACCACCACACAAAAGAAGUCUUCCCUUUUUGACAGAAGCUCAAGAUCUGGUGGUGAAAAUCGCCUCUACAGCAGAUUUGAGCCUUUCUGCGCAUUUGAUAAGAAACACUCUCAAGCCAGUGGGUCUGGCAACGUGCACUCUCAGGAGAAAACCAAAAGUCUUCCUAAAGGUGAGGGGGCUGCUGAAUACCACUCCACCAGGGGCGCAAAAGGGCACAAUGAGAACAAGCUGGAGAGAUUCUUUCAAAGAGUGGGGAAUCUAAUACACAAGAACAAGUAGCGACUUCAGUUUCAGCAGCACUCAUCGUCUGCACAGGUCACUUGUUUGGAAUGCUGAUAUUCUGAGAACUGUAAAGUUUAUGAAUUCACUUCUACUUUUUCCUGAUUAAGGAUUACAGAUCAUUUGAAUAUGCAAUUUGUAACAUGUGUUUGUGUUCAUCAUUCACUUUUGUCAACCCCUACUCUGUGUUCAAAUACAAUCAAAAUGUUUGCAAUAGCAGAUGCUUAUUUCAAAAUGUCAUUAAUAAGUGUAGUUUGUUGUUGUACAUAUAUAUCUGUAUAGGUAUAUAGUUUACAAAUACUAAGGGAGCUGUAACUUCAUGACUCUGCUUGACUGUUGAUAAUAACUCAAAGUAGAUAAAGAUAUUGCAAGCCUUCACAGGUAAUGACAAACACAUCUUUUACUUGCACUAUAUCCUUCUAGUUUAUGUUUUAACAGGUUUUACACAGAUAGAAGGUGCAGGAAUGCUGCUUUAAUUUUUCACCACUUUUUACUUGGGG